AUGCAUAGGGUGACCACAGUGUCUGAGCUCAAUCCCAAUCCAAUUCAGGGCGAGGAGGAUGAUGCCCAGUACCAGAAGUUCAGCGAAAAGAGUAUAUAUCCAGAUAUGGAUGCAGAGCAAAUAGCUCUGCAACGCACCAAGACUAGGGCAACUAUCCUCACAACCCUCAGCGAGAGGGUUAACCCAGAGACUGACGACAUUGAAAAGCACAUCUCAAAGAGCCCAGACGACGAGCCUCAGAACGAGGAAGGCCUGCCGACAAAGGACGAUGGGCUGGAAUUCCAAGGUGUUGAUCCUGAGCUCGUCACAUGGUCUGGACCUGAUGAUCCAGAGAACCCGAGGAACUGGAGCUCGCUUAGAAAGUGGAACUCAUGUGCUGUCGCUGCCUGGUACACACUGCUGGGGCCAUUCGCUUCGACAAUGCUUUCACCAGCAGUGUCAUACAUCUCAGAAGACUUCCACAACGAGAACUCGGUUCUGCAAUCAUUGAUGGUGUCCAUUUUCUUGCUGGCAUGGGCCUUGUUCUCACCUUUGAUUGCCCCACUGUCCGAGAUGUAUGGACGUAGGCCUGUGAUGAACAUUUCUGUGUGGUUUUUGCUGUGCUUCAACAUUGGCUGUGCCUUAGCCCAGAACACAGCCCAAAUGUGUGUCUUCAGACUGCUAGCAGGUGUUGGUGCCUGUGCGCCAAUCUCGAUUGGUGCUGGUGUUAUUGGUGAUUUGUUCGAUAACAAUGAUCGUGGUAAGGCAAUGUCCAUCUAUUCCUUAGGACCCACCAUGGGGCCAAGUAUCAGUUCCCUGAUUGCGGGCUUUAUCGUCUCAAACGUCAGCUGGAGAUGGUGCUUCUGGGUCCUAGUGAUCUUUAAUGGUGUCAUCGGCAUCUAUGGUGGUGUCUGUCUCGAAGAGACGUAUGCUCCACAGUUGCUGAAGAACAAGGCAAAGAAGCUGAGAAAACUCACGGGAAACGAGAACUUGCACUGUAUCUAUGAGGUUGCCACAGGGGAGACCAUUGCUGGUAAGUUCGAGGCUAACUUGACGAGACCUAUUCUCAUGUUGUUAACGCAUCCUAUGGUUUUCGGUUUGGGAACCUUCAUGGCAAUUGCCUACGGAUGCUUGUACAUUUUAAUCACCACUUUCCCAGAGAACUGGGGUGGCCGUUAUGGUUUCAGUUCAGGGAUUGUCGGCCUGAUGUAUGUGACGAUGAUUAUCGGGUAUGGUGUUGGGAUUGUUGUGACACAGUUCACUGCAGAUCACAUAUACUAUAAGCUUACUGAGAAGAAUGGAGGUGUGCCUAAGCCUGAGUACCGUAUGCCGUACUUGUUCUUUGCUGCCCUGUGUACCAGUGGUGGUCUCUUCUGGUAUGGAUGGGGUGCUGAGAAGCACAUGCACUGGCUAUUCCCUGCCGUCGGAUGUGUCAUCUUCUCCUUUGGCCUAGUCCCCGUGUUCUUCUGUAUUCAGAACUAUUUGAUUGAUAUGAGUCCUAGAUUUGCAGCUUCUGCCAUAGCAGCUGCGUCCAUUUUCAGAUCCUUCUUUGGAUUCUCGUUCCCACUGUUUGCUCCAAUCAUGUUCCGUGCCAUCGGCUAUGGCUGGGGUAGUUCGAUCUUUGCAUUUCUCAUGAUAGCCACCGGUAUUCCGUUCCCAAUGUUCGUUGCGUUCUAUGGAGAGAAGCUCAGAAUAUGGGCAAAUGCGAGAACGGAGAAGCAACAGGCAAAGCGGGAUAAAAAGAACUUUGCAAGACUCCAAAGACAGCAGAAGAAGCAAGCUGAUACUGCUGCAUCCAAUUACAACGCCAAACUAAAGAACGAGCACAUGAACAGUGCCUCCGGACAGACUACUAGCACAGCCAGUGCCUAA